AUGUUUGGAGGUCUUGAGCCUAUCCCCGACAAUAGUCCUCAUCUACGUAGGUCAGGAAGCCGACCCGUUAUGUUUGAUAUCGGUGAGCCGGGAAACAGUUCUGAAGAAGAUUUUCUGCUUUCUAAAAAGUUGAAUGAAAUGAAGGGUGGGGUUGCACCAUUGAGCAGUGCUGCAAUUAUGCCUUCUCCUCUUCUGCUGUGGAGAUUCAAGGUAUUAUUGUUUUUUGUAUGGGGUUUCAGUUGUUGCAAGAUUGGAUGGGAUUCAGUGAUGAGAAUGAGUGCAGAUCUGCGGGACUUAUUUUUAUAUGAGGCUUUCUUGUAUUACAAUCCACUCCUCCUUGUGACUAUGAUGGUUUGGCUCUGGGGGAUAAAUUUAUGGGUUUUUGCCCAGGCUAAUGUUGGAUAUGCUAAAAUUUUUGACCUAGAUCAAAAUCAUCUCAGUCAUAGAGAGAUAUGGAAGUGCGCUACGUGGAUGACGAUCAUUGUCCCGACUAGCAUGACGGCGUAUCUUUAUCUUUAUUCUCAUGGAGAAGUUUCCUUGGCUGCUUCUCAACCAGUCCUCUUAUAUGCGGCUGUCGCAAUGACCCUCAUUUUUCCAUUUGAUAUCUUCUAUCUGUCAUCUCGUUACUUUUUACUGAGGACUAUAUGGCGAAUCGUGUUCCCAUUACAGGCAAUAUCAUUUCCUGACUUCUUUUUGGCUGAUAUAUUUACCUCUAUGUCGAAGGUUUUCUCCGAUUUGGAGCGUUCAGUUUGUCGGAUGGUUCAUCGCCAGGUUGCUACCAUUGCAUGGUUUGAAGCCGAUUCUGUAUGUGGGAGUCAUGCAGUGGCAAUACCUAUUGUUCUCGUUUUGCCUUACAUUUUUAGGCUCUUUCAAUGUCUUCGGCAAUACAAGGAUACAAGAGAAAAGACGGCUCUUUUUAAUGCCUUAAAGUAUUCAACGGCCGUACCAGUUAUUUUCCUGUCAGCCCUCAAGUAUCAUGUUUUCCCUGAGAAAUGGACGAAUAUAUAUCGGCCUCUAUGGCUAUUGUCAAGUGUGUUGAACUCUUUGUACUCGUUCUACUGGGAUAUCACGCGGGACUGGGACUUGAGUUGCUUUACUCGAAUUUUCAAGUUCAGCAAGCCGCACAUCUUAUCCUACUUGUUAUAUGGAAGGAAAUGGGUGUAUUUUUGGGUUAUCGGGAGCAACCUUAUCCUGAGGUGCACUUGGACUUACAAGCUGUCGGCCCAUCUACGACAUAACUAUAUUACGGUGUUCACAAUAACUCUUCUUGAAAUGCUUCGUCGAUUCCAGUGGGUUUUCUUCCGGGUCGAGAAUGAGUGGAACAAAACAAACUCGAAAUCGAAUGUUCAGAUUAACAUGAUGGACUUGUCCAAAGAGGAUGAUAGAUUGCUCGGGUCAAACGGGCAUAGUGUAUAG